UGCGAACAAAACAUCAGCACACAUACCAACUCUUUCCUUUGGCGUUUCUCACAAGUGGCCUUUCUGCCUCAACCUCGCCUCUCGAGGUCUAUCAACAUCCUCAACCAUGUCACCUUCACGCGUGUCACAACCCUCACAAGUCCUGAUCAUAGGCGGGGGACUCGGAGGUCUCGCCCUCGCUCAAGGCCUCAAGAAAGCAUCCGUACCAUUCCACAUCUUUGAAGCCGACCCCACAGCCGAUUUCAGACCGCAAGGCUACCGACUCAAAAUCAACGGUGAGGGUGCGGCUGCAUUGAAGCAAGUCUUAAGUGACGAGCUCUGGACAUAUUUCGAGGAGACUUGUGCAGAGAGCAAACCAGGAGAGACCAACUUCAAUGCAAUCGAUGGUACUAUUACAAAAAGUAGGAGUGGACCUGGACUGAGAGGUGGACCGAUGCCGUAUCUGGCUGAUCGGACUGUCUUGAGGGAUCUCUUGAGAACUGGAUUGGAGGAGAAUAUCUCUUAUGGAAAGAAGUUCUCGCACUAUGAGAUCCAAGAAGGGGGCGUGGAAGCUUGUUUCGAGGAUGGAACAACAUACACCGGUAUCCUUCUGGUUGGUGCUGAUGGCGUCCGCUCCGGAGUUCGCAAGCAAUUUCUUCCCGACCACAAGAUAGUUGACACAAACGGCCGAUGCAUAUACGGCAAGACUCCCAUGACCGAGGAGAUGAUACAGCGAUUUCCAGCAAGAGCAACAAAAUGGAUGACAUUGUGCGUUGACCGGACACCCAUGACGCAAACACUUGACAUCGAUGAGACGCCUCUCACUCUCCUCCUCGAGCCCGUUCGCUUCCAGAACAACAAGCACAGAAGCAAAUUACCGGACAACUAUGUCUACUGGGUUCUCAUCGGUCGCGCUGAUCUUUUUGGAAAACCCGACCAGGAACUCCUGCGCUUGAAUGACGCGGAUUCAGCAGCCUUGUCUCUGAAGUUGACCGAAGAAUGGGAUCCAUCGAUUCGCGCUCUCUUUGAGCUCCAAGACGUGGCUCAAUCCUCAACCCUCCGCGUCUCUUCCGCAAGACCAGAAAUUCCCUUCUGGACGCCUAAUGAACGCAUUACCCUUCUUGGCGACGCAGUCCACGCCAUGUCUCCUUGUGGCGGAGUUGGCGCCGUCACCGCACUCCGAGACGCAGCUGUUCUCGCCGGCAAAAUUGGCACAAAUGGAAUCAAUGCUAAGUCCAUUGGUGCCUACGAAGCUGAGAUGAGAGUCUAUGCCAAGCUGAGCAUUGAGAGAAGCUAUUUUGGGGGAAAGAAGAUGUUUGGACAGCAACCGCUCGGUGAUUGCAAGCCCCUCGAGCUUUAGAGCAUGGAGGCUGACGAGCUCCAGGGGCCUCUGCGGCACAAAUUCCAAGAAGAUUGAUAUCGAAGUUACGGAGAUUACUAAGGAAGGCUAGAAAGAUCUGGGAGACGUUCAUUAGAAUUGUCUUGUUUGCUUUUGAGCAGUUGGCUUAUUUAGAAUUUCUGGGUGCGGAGUACAUGGCUUUUGAAACUUGUUGUAUGUACGGGGAGGAGAAGGAGAAGGAGGAAUAGCCACGAGAAUUUUGCAGUAACGGAUCUCAUUUGUCGAUAUUUGCUAAGAAAAUUGAUGUGGAUGAUUACAAAAGUCUCG